AUAAACCCCGGGCUGCUUGAACCCUCGCCUCGUCCUUGACUUCAGCAGGAAGUAAAGAUGGCGUCUGCUGCGGUCAGAAGUCUGAGCUCCAGACUGAGUCAGAACCUCCGAGAGAUCCGUGUACACCUCUGCCAGACCUCCGCGGCCAGCAAGGGGGCCAGAGACUUUGUGGAGCAGCACUAUGUGACGCUGAAGAAGGUCAACCCAGAAUUCCCCAUCCUGAUCCGAGAGUGUUCGGGAGUCCAGGCCCGAGUCUGGGCCAGAUACGAUUUCGGAAAAGAGAGCAGCAUCUCCGUGGACAACAUGUCAGCUGAUCAGGUGGCCUCAGCUCUGCACACGCUGGUCCAGCCUAAACCCUAGUACCCCCUCCCCCCCUCUUGACUGAAGUGGUUCAGUCCAGGACUCCUCUGUAAAUGUGUUAAUCUGAAUAAAUGUUAAUUAUUUAA